AUGGUCAGCCUCAAGAUUUCUACAUGCCCUGAAGUUUACCGACUGCUCAACCCGAAGCUUUCGGACUUCGUUGUGCAGACAAGCAAGUAUUUGGCCUACCUGUUCGUCCAGAUCACAAUUGGCAUCACGCUGAUCCCUUUAGGCCUCCCGGGCGAGAACAACGACAUCAUUCGCGAGCGGAACCCGGACCGGCCACCGCUCUCUGUCACCGAUCUCCUCGAUGCGUUCGCGGUUCUGGAAGCGGAAAGAGUCAACCCUGCCGAUGACGUCGCAAGCCACAGGGUCGCCUUUUGGGUGGCUGACAGUCAACAGUGGGAAAACCUGAUUCUCACCCGUCAAGGGAAAUUUCCUAGCGCUCCUUUCGUUGCCGUGCAAGUCUUCACCUCUAUCAACCCAUUGACCACCAAAAAAUCCAAAACAAAACAAGACACCAACAACUCCAAAAUGGCCCGCAAGUACGCUUCCCACACCACCACCGAGCGCCGCGGCCUGUUCCGCAGGAAGGUCCACCACCAGAAGCGCCACGCGACCCUGGGCGACAAGAUCGCCGGCGGGCUCAAGAAGCUCAAGGGUACUCUGACGAGGAACCCCGCCGUCAAGGCUGCUGGCACUCGCCGCAUGCACGGCACUGACGGCCGUGGUAGCCACCGCCACUAA